AAGAAGAGGGAGAAAGCAUUCCCCAACACGGCUGAUGACCUUGAAGGCUGCAGUCUCCUUGGAGCAAUUGCCAUUUUCCAGAACACCUUUCCAAUCUGGCCAGAAUCUACCUGGGAAUGCAUGGCUCCAGCAUCUCUCCCCAACGCCCUGGCCUCCGGUUGCUCGCCGAAGUUAUGCCCUCUGUCCUUUGGCGAGGGAGUGGAGUUUGACCCUUUACCACCAAAGGAAGUAAGGUACACGUCCUCGGUCAAGUACGACUCCGAGCGACACUUCAUCAAUGACGUGCAGCUGCCACUGGGCCUAGCAGUGGCCUCCUGCAGCCAGACGGUCACCUGCGUCCCCAACUGCACGUGGCGCAGCUACAAGGCCGAGGUGCGCUUCGAGCCACGCCACAAGCCCACACGCUUCCUCAGCACCACCAUCGUCUACCCCAAGUACCCCAAGACCGUCUACACCACCACCCUGGAUUACAACUGCCGCAAGACGCUGAGGAGGUUUCUGUCCAGCGUGGAGCUGGAAGCCACGGAGUUCCUGGGCAGCGAUUACCUCUCGGAUGAAUGCUGAUCGGGCAGGCUGGGCUGGGGCCGGACCAGCUCUCAGCCGCCCUGGUCCCCAGACCUCCCUGGCCAUGUUGGGCACCGCUGCCCUCCCACUGUCAUUCCAGCCCCACAGGAGUCUACGCUAGGGACACCUCCAAGCCCAGCCUGGGGAAGAAAAAAAAAUCUGCAUCUUAUAGUUACUGAGAUCUUUGGGCUUGGGUUUUGAAUUUUCAGGUUGUUUUCUGGUUUGCUGCUGUGUAGUCUCUCCAAAUUCUCAGUCUGAGAAGAAAAUGAAGAGAUGGCUAGAGAGGAAGGGAAAAUGGCAACGGUUUACAAUAGCGAGGGAAAAGGAGGGGAAACCUUUUCUUCCACUGGUCAAUUGGUCCAAAGAAGAGCAUGGGAAAAAUCCCUGGGAUGGAAAAAGUGAGUUUUCCAAAAUUUCAGCCACGAAUGUCUUCACUGCUACAAAAGCGGUGCUCAUUCACUGCAUCGUGACACCCACAUGGGGUCAGUCUGUGGAGAGCGGCGGUCCAUCCCAUUUUCUAUUUCCGCCCUCCUCUCUAUUCCCUGUGAACCAACACUCUUGGGAUGCUCUACAUCUUCGUCAUGGUAUUGAAAAACCCAAAUCACACUAUAAGAUGCCUUCCUUUAAAAAAAAAAAAAAACCCUAUUCUCGCCUUCUUCAAGAAGGUCAGGUCAAUAGGUGGCCGAGCUGGGGAGCAGGACUUUGGUUCCAGUUCUUUCUACCAGGGUGGUGCGGAUGCAGGCUUUGACACUGUCCCCUGGGCCUCUGGUUGACGUCUCCGCAGGUUUGGGUCACUCUCCUAACAGGUGUUUUGGGGUUUCAAAAUACUUCCCCUUUUUUUCCCAUAAGGCAAAUGUCGAGGAGGGCCCUAUUGAGAGAAAUGGCAUGUUUGAAGGAGGCUUCGGAUAAAAGAUUUUUGGAACUCCACAAGGGGAGUUGCCACACAGGCCAGGAGCUGACCGUCAUGCCCGAGGCCUGCUGCCACCGGGAAGAGGCAGAUGAAGCUGUUCCUGGUGAGCAGAUUCAUCGUGCCAGGGGCCUGGAUGGACUUGUGCUGGGACUUCGCGGUGUCAGAAUUGCAGAGGGAUCCUGCCAGUGCCUUCAGUCUAAUCUAAAAAGCAAGGAGAUCUGUCCCCCAUCCCUCACCCCAAGGCCAGGGGAAGGCGAAUCUGGGAUAGAGAGUGACGUCACGUUCAGACCGGAAAGCCCGACCCCGGUGAUGACGGCUUACAUGUCUUUUAGACCGCUAUGCAGCGCAAGUGGCCAUCCUGGAGCUGGGUGUGAAUGAAAGAGGUGCCCAAAGAAAUCAUGUGAGUCAGCCAAACGGCUGCAGAAGCACGAGGGCGUCUCGGGCCACCGCUGUGUUCACAGGCUGUGGUGGCCGGCUUCUCCCUCCUGCCAUGUUGUGGAAGGGAGCCUGCAGCGGGCCAGGGUGCCUCCGCUCCCCUGCCUCGCACCACCCCAUUGUACCCCCAGCCCUUCUUUCCUAGAGGCUCUUGCCCAUCCCUGGGGUGUUCCAGUAAAGAAGGUGGCAGAGGGCUUCUUCCUUCCCGCACUGGGAAGAGCCAGCCACAGGCAUUUCCCGAUGAUGUCAAGUGUUGGCGGGCUGCACCGUUGUGAGCCCAGCCUCCCGCUGUCCCGCGAUGUCCCAGUGUCUUCCGCCAGGGCUGAGAGCAGAUCCACAGCUCGGCGGCUGCACUGCCACAGCAGGGACUUCUGUUACAGCGAAAGCAGGUGCAAUGGUAAUCGCCCCUAUUUAAAGUCGGUGGGAGGUCUGUAGAGCCUCCGUGUCUGGUGUCCUCUUCAGACAGCAAGGUGCAGUCUGUGUGCUCCCAGAUAACGGGACACGCCUCUUGGGCAGAGCCUGCACUUGGCUUCCUGGGCCCCCAAGUGUGCCAGGGUGAAGCUCGGCAGGGACCCAGUGCAAGGGGCGUGCUGGGACCCCAUGGUGUCCUCACUCAUGAGCUGAGCACCAGGUCAGGUGGCAUUUGUUGAUAAGAUGGAUUUCUGUCUGAUUCCACAAUGUUGUUGUUUAAUUGGCAAAUGCCAUUUUAAAAUUAUGUUAGAGAUUUCCCAGGCUCUGCUCUGCCCCCGUGGAGACACUUCGUUGAGCUCUGAACAGUGUCGUGGGCAGUUUGGCAGGAAUGGGAGAGAGAAGCAGAGCGGACAUGGCCUCCGAAAAGCAGCGGUUUGAGACGCCUUUAGGAGAUUUUUUGUUUUAAGGGGAAUGUGUUAAAUGCGGGCAAAUCAUUCUAGGUGUGGAGAGGAUCUCAACGAAUCAGUAAAGUAGGUAGAAGUGAGCAAUUGUGAAUGUGUCAGGCAAACGGAAAAGCAGGCUUGAUUGUCAGUUAUUCACUAGGGAACCCGCGGUAUUCUUGCGAAUUUCUUCUCUUCUCACCUGCUUCGCUGCAAGCUGCAGAAGAGGAAGCAGUGAAGGCCGCAGUGUGUGUGUCGGAGGACGCUACUUAAUAGGCCGUUCAUGUUCGCUUGCGAGGUGGGAACAGGGAGUUGAAAACUCGCUGACUAAAAACAAACAUUCCUAAGUGUAUGUGGAAGAUACAGUUUAUUUGCUAAUUAAAAACCUUUUUUCUCAGUCUCUUAAAUGAUGUCUGUCAUGUAAUAAGGAUGAUUUGUAUUUCCAGAGAAAAGUUGUUUUCCUUUCAAAUCACAGACCUUUUAAGAAGAACUAAUUUAAGUGAGUACCUUUUCAUUUGACAUUUUUCCUGUUUCUAACCUUAGGAAAUCCAGACUAGUGUUCAACGAAUAUCGUGUUUUAAAUUUAUCUUUGACAUUUGUUCCACCCCAUUUUGCUUUGUGACUUCUUCAUUUAACAAUAAAUUAUCUAAAA